ACGCAAAUGCUCCGGCCUAAUUACACUGAUGUAGUUAUGCAAUUACCUCCUCCCUCAAGAAAGAGAUCACUUUCCUUCUAGUGCUUUCGGAUCUUCUACAGUAAAAGUAUGCUACACUUAUCGCUGAAGUCACGGGUGUAGUAGGCUUCUUUUACUUCCAGGUGUCACAUGAUAGGCCAUAUUUCGGUCAUUAUGACUAUCAAAAUUCUCUAGAAUAGCUUCAUAAUAGCUUACCACAUCCGUCUCCGUCCUAAAACAUCAUCUAGUCCUGAAGCUAGAGCAUCAACGCAAGAAAUCUAGCGCUUCCGCACAAUUAUUACUUUUUCCAUCAUCGUUCGCGCUUGAAUAGCCUCACGAUAGCGUACCAAGUUCUCAUCAGUCGAAAUGGCAAUCUCUCUGUAUAAGUUCUUGCUCCAUGCCCUUCUCAUUGUCAUUCUCUCCCAACACACCUUUAUCUUCCCACGACCUCUCUCUGGCUUCAAGCUCUUGAAAUCUGUCAAUAUCUCUUCAAUAUCCCAGCCGCCACUCAUCACUCCUGUACCUAAACCAACAUCAACAAGCGGUUGCUCAAAAUGGCGCCCAAUCUCUUCCUCCUCGCAAAAAAGGCGGUCAGCCCCUGGAAAUGGUGCUCAUCUGAAUCGAAUUCGAGUCCGGACAGGCCCCAUCUGUAUUUUGGUAGAGAGCCAAUUACCGGAAUCUACGCAGUCUCUUCAAAAGGAAAUCGAUACCUAGUCGCCAUCAGACCGAAGCGGAAACCAGAUGUGGAUGGCAUAUUUCAGACGACGAGAAAUAACUCAGUGGGCGGCAAGCGCGACCUCGCUAAGUCACAUGUUGCUUCCAACACAAUGACUACCGAAUAUAUCCAAUCAACAGAGCUAUACAACGAAAGAGCCAAAACUAUCGUUCAGGUUACAGUUACGGAACUGCCAAGAGCUGUCAGUCCUUCUAGCACUACCUCAACAAGAAGCCGCACUAGCACGCACAAGUCGGAAAUCCAGUACAGCACAUACACCGAGUCGAGCUAUUCAACCUGUAGUAAAAAUCCAAUAGUUUCAUGCGACAAGUCCGUCAACAGCAAAGACUUCGUCAUGAACAAUACUGGCGUGUUACCUCACCAGAAAUCACCAUUCGGGAAAGACUGCCAUCGCUACAAGCGACAAUCACAGUCACCAAUCCGAUCAGCAAGGACCAAAAUCGGUCAAAUAGACCUUAAUGGUUAUCGCUUUCUCGCCAGACCACUCCUGGUGGAACAUAACAACAUCCUUGGUCGCUGGAUGUUCAGUUCCGAAGUAAAGGCCAGGACCAUGAGUGCUCCGAUGUGUAAAUCAGUUACAUGUAUGGAGACGGAUAUGAGACAUUGCGGAAAGACUGUACAGAGAGAGUUGUUUGUAUUAGAUGACGGGGUCUCUUGGGUUAUCGGAAAUGGGAAGCGUAAGACUCCGUAUAGGGGUGGAGAGUUUCUGUUUAAGUUAGAUAUGAUCGAUGAUGAGCUGGGACUUCCGAGACGUCAGACAGUGCAGGAGGUUGAGGAGAGUGGGCAUAUGUUGGCCGAGAGGCACGGAAAUUUCAUAGUGGGUGACGAUGACGUCGAUUAUGCGGCGCUGUUGAGAUACUUGGAUAUGCCUACUAUGGACAUUUGAUUUUGAAAAGAUUGAUGGUUCCUUUGAACGGGUCUCGGCAGAUGGAAAAGUGCGAGGUUUCGAUGAUUGAGAAUGCUUUGCUGCGCCAUUGAGAAUAGAGGAUAAGACAAGGCUUUUGGGAUAUUGGACCUAUUUACAGACUGUUAGAUGAUUUAGUAUGGUUCUUGUUCUGACAUGUUUCGAUGUCACGCAAUUUCCUUGGCACAUUCAAUAACAACAUCAAGCAUGAGCAAUACCUAGUUUCAUUAUUG